AUGCGAGCGAGAGGAGAGAGGGUGCGAAGCCAAGCUCCUUGUCCUUACUCUUUGACGAAAGGUCAGAGAAAGUUGGUAGCGUACGAAUGCCCCGUCUCUGGCUGGCCUACGCAUGCAGGGAGAGAAGAGUGGGAGCUGGACACGGAGAAGGGCAAAUACAUGGCUAGGCUGCGAGAGGCCAAUGAGGACGAGCACGAUCUCAGGAGCGGCAGGGACAUUGCAGAGUUCAAGCUGCCCGGUGAGUACUGUGAAAGCCAAGGCAAUCAAGGUGAUCGUCCCCCCCCGGUCUGCUCACGCGCUCCAACGCGAUCUUGUGCGUUUGCAGCCCACCAGGGCUUUGAGGAAGUCAUCAAUUUCAGCUCGUGGGACGUCUACUUUUACACUCGUAAUCACAACUCCAUAGAGACGGACAGGCCGAGGAGGCACGUUACCAGGCUGUUGACCUUUCCCACCACGAUUGCUGGAGCUCUGCACGAGAACAGUCCAUACACCAGGAGAUCGAUGCGGCUGACUCACGAAGGUUUGCGAAGCAUGGUUGGUGAGUGUCUGGUCCAAGUCUCGUGAGACAAGGACUGGCAUUCUUACAAACUCAGAUCACGCUGACCACUGAUUUGCGGGCUCGUACCCAUCCUCGGUGCAGCCUUGAGACAGACCUUGCACCCUAAGCUUGGCGAAAAGCCCACGCUGGACGUCGUUCGCCUCAUCGUCGUCGGAGCUCGAGCAGAGUCUACGUUGCCACCUCAAGUCUGGGAUCAGCUGCAAUACAUAUUCCCAGGCGUCGCUUUCCACGUCUUCCUCAUCGGCCCAGAAGCUGUCCCCAAUCAGCAAAAGGACAGCGCAUACGUGACGGGACCUUCUCGACAGCCUCGCAAGAGCCGCUAUGGUGUGCCUAGCAGUACGGUGGUUGUCUCAAGAGGAUUGACUAUCACAACGUUGCAAGCACCUUACGAAGAUGUGCACGCUCAAUUGGAACCUUUUGACCCAUACACCGACGUCUUUUUCGCCUUCUCACCAGGCUUUGGUUUUCCCUCUCAGCUAGCUGUGCAAGAGGCAUUGAGAGCCAAGGCGGAAGAGAGGGAGGACGAGAAGAAGAUGAAGGCCGCGAGGGAGACUUACUACGCCAAGAGUGCGCAGGAAGAAGAGAGCAGAGGAGAGACGCGAUCUGGGAGCAGAUCGACGCCUUUCCGAGCCGCGGAAGGUACACCUGCGCCCGAGGGCGGAGAGAUCCCUUCCGCUGAACCCGCCCCGGCUAUGCCAGGCACAGCCGAUCCUGGCCUCACAUCAGUCGUGAGCGCGCCGGUCGUGCAGGCUCAAGCGGAGUGGGCUAGAGCCAUUGGCAACAUCCUGAGCACCAAGUGCGCCCUCAUUGCCACGGGCUUCAGUCCUGCAGAUAUCGAGAGAGACGUCCUCGCUUUCGAAAGCAUUGAAGGUGUGAUGGGAGAGUUCGAGUGGCUGAUCACUCCUGGGGAGAACACCUUUGCAAGUCAACAAUGGGUCAUCGGUGAGUGUCCAAAGCGACAAAAGUGGCUUCGUGAUGAUUUCUGACACAUGUUCCAUCCAUUCACCUUCAGCGGACUUUGACCCCCGCGUCGCUGUAAAGGCUAAUUGGGGCAUCUGGGCAGUGCGUGGAAAGACCUACAAUAUCAACCCGCGACGUGCGAGCUUCAUGGACCGCUUAGAGGAAAGCGCAGCAGAAAGUUGA